CUGGGUCCAAUGACAUUUGGAUAGGACUAAAUGACAAGGCUGUUGAAAACUCAGUUGUAUGGAGUGAUGGUAGACCGUUAGUUCAUACAGAUAUUGGUCUGAUGGUGAGCCUAGCACGAUGGAGACUGCGUGAGAAUGCAGUCAAGCGGGAAGUGGGCCGACAGUAGUUGUUCUAGCUCAUGGCUUUUUAAUAGAGAACGUCGUUACGUUUGUGAAACUCAAUCGCCGAGCACACAGCCUCCCACUACUGAAACGCAAUCGCCGAGCACACAGUCUCCUACUACUGUACAAACUGAAUCGCUAAGUACACAGCCUUCUACUACUGUUACUAUUGCGUCCUCAAUGCAAUGUCAAGCAGGCUGGACUCGUAGUGGAAUGAGUUGUUACCGUCUCGUCUCAACAUCUAAAAGAUGGGAUGAUGCAGAAACAGACUGCAUUAGUAAAGGAGGACAUCUCGCAUCCAUCGCAUCAGUCAACGAGAACUCUGUCGUUUUAAGCUUGAGAGGUACAUCCAGCUCAGACAGAAACGACACAUGGAUUGGUUUGCAUGAUCAAGUUGUUAAGAAUGCGUCUGUAUGGUUCGAUGGCACGAGUAGCACAUACACAAACUGGGAUACUGUGGGCAAUGAGCCUAAUGACAGUGGUGAUUGUGUAAGAAUAAGAUCUGAUGGAAAAUGGAAAGAUCACAGAUGCACAGCUUCAUAUCCGUACGUAUGUGAGUAUAAUCUCACCCUCUCUACAACACAAACUCCGACAACUUUAUCAGCGUCGACAUCUGCAGUUCUUUCUACAUCUCCGACCACAGCUGAAGGCGCACUAAAUUGUUCUACAGCCAAAAAUGUUACCACGUUUUUGUCAGUUACUAUUCCAUCUACAUCAACAGCCUCGUUGUCAACUGCUACUGCAAGUGGUACACAAUGGCAGACCAGAGAUUCUACGUCUACAUCACGACGUUCAUCAGUACCAGUCACAACUACUGACAGUACAGAGUAUGCAAAAUCCAGCAAGACUUCAAGAUUAGCAACAACUUCCAAAUCAAACGUCAAACCAUCUAAAGGAAUGAUACAUUUAACCAGAGCUGUCCACCCUACCCUUCUGGCAGUUUCAACGCCAUCACAAGCUUCAACCAACAAGUUUGUUUCAAGUGCUAUGUCUGCAUCAAUUAAUAAAGUCUACAGUACGAGAAAUGUCGUACCUUUCCAAUUGACUUCUCAGUUCGUUUCUGUUUCUGUAUCUCUAAAGCCAAGCCAGCCAACACACCAGCAACCUGGCCAAUCUUCUUCAGACGCGAUUGUGUACUCAGGAGUGGCAGCAGGAGCUGUUACAUUGACUUUAGUUGUUUCUCGAAUUAUAAUAGUUGGCAUACUGUUGAAUAGAAAAAGAAAAGGUUCCAACUCGACCUGCACAAUGAAUGUAGAGACGUCAGACAAUCUGCACUUGAAUCAACUGUAUGGCGGUAUUUCGGCCCGAAAUCCAAUCUCUGCAAGUGUUUCAACGAAUGCAUUUCAUCAAGGUUCUGGAUCAGACAAGAUGAAUAUACUCUACGAAUCAGCAGUUCGGCUAGAAAGAAGUGCGGCACGUGAGUCAGAGAACGUCAUUUACAACAUGUAACAGAUGACAUCCUGCAUGCAAUGGCAACUACAGGGUACAAUAAUAAUUGACACUAGUCAUAUUAGUAACAUUGCUAAAAAUUAUCUUAAUUUAGAUAAAGUAAAUGUGCGUAUCGUUGUACUACAAUGACUGACGCGACGUACGUAGCUAGUCAGUAACUGAUAUAUAGUUGAUGUCAAUAUG